AUGGAGCACCUUGUCCUACAUGGAAACUCCUCCUCAUCCUCCCAGAGUUCAGUCAACGAAGAGCUCCUGUCUCGGACUGGCUACACAAUACUGGCAGUUAUUAUGGGUGUGUUCUCUGUCGCUGGGAUCAUGCUCAAUGUCUUGGUGAUCGUGGUGACUGUGAAACACAGACAGCUGAGGCAGCCACUCAGUUAUGCCCUGGUUAACCUGGCCAUAUGUGACCUGGGCUCUGCUGUGUUUGGAGGUCUGCCAACCACAGUGACCAAUGCCAUGGGAUACUUCAGCCUAGGACGUGUGGGCUGCGUGUUAGAGGCCUUUGCUGUAGCUUUCUUUGGUAUUGCAAGUCUAUGCACAAUAGCAGUCAUUUCUGUUGAACGCUACAUAGUGGUGUGCUAUCCCAUGGGUGCUGUAAUGUUCCAGACCAGGCAUGCAGUUGCUGGAGUGGUGCUCUCCUGGGUGUGGUCAUUUGUGUGGAACACUCCACCUCUGUUUGGUUGGGGCAGUUAUGAACUGGAAGGCAUCAAGACAUCUUGUGCUCCGAACUGGUAUAGCAGGGAUGUUGGAAACUUGUCCUACAUCAUCAUAUAUUUUAGCUUUUGCUUUGUUGUGCCCUUUUCCAUCAUCAUGGUGUCCUACUCGAGACUCUUGUGGACCCUCCGUCAGGUGACCAAGCUGCAGGUGUCUGAGGCUGGCAGCACAAACCAUGUGGAGGGGCAGGUAGCACGUAUGGUAGUGGUGAUGGUGCUGGCCUUCCUGGUCACCUGGCUGCCAUAUGCUGCCAUGGCUCUUGGUGUCAUCAUAGACUCAAGUCUACAUAUCAACCCCCUGAUUGCCACCGUACCUGUUUACUUUGCUAAAAGUAGCACCGUCUACAACCCCAUCGUAUACAUUUUCAUGAACAGACAGUUUCGGAGCUACGCUGUUCCCACAGUCCUGUGCGGUUGGGACCCAUGGGCCUCAGACUCUCAAAUGUCUGAUUGCGAGACCACGGUUGCUUCUGUCAGCAAGAUCCAAAAGGUCUCACCUAAAGGAUCUUUAAAAGAAUAA